AUGAGUGGCAAGCAGCAGAGGAAGAAGACAACGCAGAGAGCAAAGUCGUUGUCAGAACGGGAGCCCCGCACCGGCCUUCUGUCCCUGUUGGCAGUGGCGGGAGCGCUCGUGGGCUUUGCCUGGUGGAGAAAGCAGCAGCAGGCAAAAUCACAGAAGCCCAAGAAAGCGCAGGAGAGUGAAAGCGCCUUCAGGAGCAAGACACAGAACAACAAAAAGAGCAAGGGAAAGGAGCGAAGAGAAGAGAUCAAGGCAAGACAGAACCCUGCAAAGGGAGAGGGAAGGGAAGCUAAGGAUGACAAGGACAAGGAUCCGCUGGUGCUGAACUACAGCUACUUUGUACCAGACCGAGCAGACAGGCUCGGCACGCCAGCUCAGAGGAUGACUCUGCCCGCAAAGCAGGACGAGAAGAAGUGA